AUGGAUGUCCAACAGCGCAACCAGGCUGUUGGGAAUCUGCUGGCUGCCUUGAUACCCGCUGGCCCAACCCAGACCGCAACUAACGGUCCACUGACAAACCAGCUUUCCCCUACAAACGGGAAGGUAGAAAACAUUGAACCUGCGCAAGAGAAACAGGAGGAUGAUUCGUUCACUCAAACCGCCACUGAGAGUAUUUCCAAUCCACCCUUACCCACCGACCCUGAUCUUUCGCUUCCACCGCUCCCUCCGCUCUUGCACAACGACUUCAUCGACUCGAGCAUGGGUCCUUCCUUGCACUCAAUUAUUCCAGAUGAUGGGCAGGACGACCAACAGCACUUCGCGCAUCUUGGUGAUCUUCCAAUGGACAUCUCUGGCCACCCCGAAGCGCAACAGCCCUUCCCCAACUUGUCACACGAGAUGGCGCCAGAACGCAGAGAAAUAGAGGCUUUCGCAAAAAUCGAAUUCGAAGAUGGAAACUACUAUAUUACUACCUACGCAUGCGAAUUGGGAAGAGACGCUUUCGCCUACCGCGCGGCCCUUCAGCGUGCCGAGGAGUCACGACAAGCGGAGCAAAACCAGGCCCAAAGUUCUAGUGGAAGGAGGUCAGAGGCUAUUCCCAGGCCAGAAAAUAGCCAGGUCCAAGGUAGUGUUGUCAGUGAAGCUGGUGGUUUUGGAGGGGUUGACGAGCGACCGGGUCCAAAUGGACGUGACAAAGAUGAGGUGCAUCACAUGCAUUCUCAUUCCUCUGAGCCAUCUGCUGGCAGUGUUGUCAAGCCUCAGGAAGUUCUCAUUAAUCCGCCACUGAUCCCUUUCGACUACCAUAAGAUGGCAGAGCUGCAAGCCCAGGCCGAAAACGAAAACGCUUUGGUAAAUGACACUGAACAGCCCGCUCCAGUCACUGCAGAUCAUAUCCCCGACGCCCACAAUUGUCCUCUGAUACCAAUUCAUGCUAUGCGCAAUUUUCAAAAAUCAGAAGUUGAAAACCACAGGAGUAUCUCGCGUCGUCACGUGAAGAUUCAGUGGGAUUUCGACAAAGACUGCUUUAUGCUGAAAGUUUUGGGAAGAAAUGGUGCUUUCUUGGACGACCAAUACCUCCAGCGUGCCGCAGUCAAGCGGCUCCGCGAUGGCUCCAGAAUCCAAAUUUCCAAUGUAUGGAUGACAUUCCGCCUGCCCAACCAGAAGGCAUCCCCCAUCAGCGACGAGUCUGAACGAGAAGACAAAGAUCGGAACUCUCCGCUGUUAAGGAGCACCUCUCCCACUUCAAAUGAACAGGAUAGGAGUAUCUCUCCUUCACGCACUGGAAAGACCAGGACCAAAAUCACUCUGACCACAGGCUCGAGAUCAGCUCCUGUCAUGCCUGACCCUCUAGUAGGUCCUGAUGGUCAACCUCUUCCUCCUCGCAAACGUGGACCAGGUCGUCCACCCAAAGAUGGAAUUAUGUCCACACGUGAACGAAGGGAGAGGGAAAAAGCCCUCAAGCUCGCCGAGGCCAAGGCUGCAAAUGGAGGUACAACCCCACCGCCAAAUCUAAAGGGCAAAUUUCCCAAGCCCAUCAUCAAGGAGGAGGUUGUCAAGGAGGAGCCAAAAGCGGAGAGAAGAAAAUAUAAAAAGCGAAAACGACCGGGCGAGGAUGGUGAUAUUGUUCAAUCGAUUGAGGGCGGUGAAGUUGAUAUCCCUAGUGAAGCCGAGAAGCCACCAGUUAAAAAGGCCCGUGCUUCAAAAUCACCCUCCCCAGAAUAUCCUCCUGCGGACAGCCUAACAGAAGAACAAUUGGCAAGACCAUCAGAACCAUAUGCCCGAUUGAUCUACGAUAUUCUGUUAGACAUCCACCCCAAAGCUCUCCCGUUGAAGCAGAUCUACCGGGCCUUGAAGCUCAAAUUCCCAUUCUUUGUCCACAGGGUGGACUCGGAGGGAUGGCAGAGCAGCGUGCGGCACAAUCUGAACCAGGAGUGGAACAAAUUGUUUGAGAAGGGAGAGAAAGAAGGCAAAGGCUUUGCUUGGAAAGCUAUACCUGGAGCCCUACAACCACAAGCAGAGCGAAGACGAGCUGCCCAGCAAGCUGCGGCCGCCAAACCUAAACCUGCACCUGCGCCACGCCAACACCCUCAAGGUCCUCCUCCUCCGCUCAAUUGGCAGAAUAGCACACCCUAUUCUCAGCCUAAUGGUAUGCCUCCGAGGGGUCCACCUCCACCUUUCUUUAUUCAAGGUCCACAUGGCCCAGUUCCACCGCCUCCUAAUGGUAUGCCCUGGCCUCCUCCGCCUCCUGGAUCAGUACCACCUCCAGCGUCAUCACAUGGGAAUCCGCCGCCACGGGCCCCAAACUCAACUUCUCAGCCAUUCUAUGCCCCAACCCAAUCUGGAAUUGCUCCCUUCCCUCCCCAACAGGCUUCGCAACAAGCAGGUCAACAGACUGGGCCUCCAAGGUCUACUCCUUCGGUAAAUCAGCCCACAGCCCCGGGACCAUCCUCUGCGCUGCCCCCGACUAGCUCAGUACCUCCACCAUCCACCAGUUCAUCAGCCUCACGAAACAUGCCCUGUACCUUGGAUGGUAUCGUGGCCAUUGGAAGGUUCGAGUCUGCUAUGUAUGAACAAGUCGGCGACCCUGAGAAGAUCGCGCGGUGGCGGGGAAUCUUUCAGUCUGUGAAACGUCGUCUACUCCAUGGUGCCCCUCACUCCCUGAUGCCAGAAGGGGACACAAGAGAGGAAGAAACUAUCAUGAGUCAUGUGAGAACUUUCAUCAAUCGGUUUAAGAAUCCUGCAUUUAUUGGCUUUUCCAUCGAUCCGGGGAGCUCGAACGCGUCUCCUGCACCUAAUCCACCGGCAAAUGCUGCACCCGUAUCUGACAAAAAUGCGACACCACAGGCUGCAUUAACAGUUCAGCCAGUGAAUGGGUCACAAGAAAGUCCAAAAGAGUCUUCUUCAGAUUCGAAGUCAUCAAUAGAGGCAUUGACAACCCAGCCAGCACCAGCCAAAGCAAAUACAAGCGACUUUGUGCAGGACUCGGAGACAGCCAAGAUUGAUUCGGCCCAAACUAUGGACAUGGAGGGAGCAGGUCAAGGCUUAUCGGAAUCCCAAGACGCUGAUAAGAAAACCGAGAGCCUGCCUCCUACAUCUGCCACGUCUGCUUAG